AUGACUGUCGGGCAGCGCAAGAAGAUCGUUGUGGUUGGGCUGGGGAUGGUGGGGAUCAGCUUCAUAGAGAAAGUGCUGAAACUCGACGCCAAAACCCGAGAAUACGACAUUGUUGUCAUUGGCGAGGAGCCGCAUCUGGCUUACAAUCGAGUCGGGUUGACAACUUUCUUCGAGCAUAGGAAGAUUGAGAACCUGUAUCUCAACUCUGAAGAUUGGUACAAUGGUUUCGCAGACGGUGCUCUCGGCUGCCACAUCAACACAAAGGUCACCGAGAUUCUUCCCGCAACAAAAAUAGUCACAUGUGCAGAUGGCAGUGAAGUGUCCUAUGACAUUCUGGUCAUUGCCACCGGUUCCGAUGCCAUUCUCCCAAGCCACACACCAGGCCAUGACGCAAACGGUGUCUUUCUCUACCGGACGAUCGAUGACCUGGAGAGGCUGAUUGCCUUUGCCGCGACGAGGAAAGGCACAGUCGGCGCCGUCGUUGGCGGCGGACUCUUGGGUCUCGAGGCCGCGAAAGCAAUGCUUGAUCUUGACUGCUACGAGAGGGUCAAGGUCAUCGAGCGCAACAAAUGGGUACUCAGUCGACAACUUGACGGCGAUGCAGGCGGCAUGGUGGUCGAGCAGGUGCGGAGCUUAGGGGUGGAUGUUCUUCUCACGAGACAGGUAGGGAAGAUCGAGGCCGACGCUGAUAACAAUGUUGUCGGCGUGCACUUUGAGGAUGGAGAGUACCUGCCGUGCUCGACCAUAUGUUUCGCGAUCGGAGUACGGCCGCGAGAUGAGCUUGCCAGGAAAGCAGGGAUCGAGUGUGCAGAGCGCGGUGGCGGGAUUGUUGUCAGUGACGACCUUACCACCAGCGAGCCCGACAUCUACGCCAUUGGCGAGUGUGCAAGCUGGCAGGAUCAGACAUUCGGUCUGAUCGCGCCCGGUAUCGAGAUGGCAGACGUCCUGUCGUUUAACCUGACACAGGCCAAGCUACAUCAGCCACGCCUGUAUAAGCGACCGGACUUGAGUACGAAACUCAAGCUGAUGGGCGUCGACGUUGCGAGCUUCGGCGACUUCUUUGCAGACAGGGACGGACCCAAGCACCUCCCAGCUAAGGCAGCACGGAAGGGGUCGCGACAGACAAACGGGACAAACGGGACAAACGGCCACAAGCAGACCAACGGCAACGGCACAGUAAACGGAGGGGCAGCAGCAGGCCAAGUCAAGGCUCUAACGUACAAGGACCCCUUUCAAAAUAUCUACAAGAAGUACAUAUUCACCAAGGAUGGGAAGUAUCUACUCGGUGGCAUGAUGAUAGGAGACACGAGCGACUAUGUGAAACUAGUUCCCAUGGUCAAGAACCAGAAGGAGCUCGACAUACCACCAGCACAACUCAUCCUAGGGGCGAAGAAAGAAGGGGCAGACGACGGCGACGACCUAGAAGACGACACGCAGAUCUGCUCGUGUCACAACGUCAACAAGGGCGACAUUGUGAAUAUCGUCAAGGACGGCUCGUGCAAGAGCUUGGGCGAGGUGAAAUCGUGCACGAAAGCAGGCACGGGCUGCGGAGGAUGCAUGCCCCUGGUCACAUCCAUCUUCAACAAGGCCAUGAAGGACAUGGGCAACGAGGUCAAGAACAACCUGUGCCCGCACUUCGACUUCACCCGCGCGGACCUGUACAACAUCGUCAUGGCGAAGCGCCUCCGGACCUUCCAGGACGUGAUGCGCGAGGCGGGCACCUCGCCCGACGGCCUGGGCUGCGAGGUGUGCAAGCCGACGGUCGGCAGCAUCUUCUCGAGCCUGUGGAACCGGCACGUCAUGGACCGGGCGCACCACGGCCUGCAGGACACCAACGACCGCUUCCUGGGCAACAUCCAGCGCAACGGCACCUUCAGCGUCGUGCCGCGCGUGGCCGGCGGCGAGAUCACGCCCGACCGGCUCAUCGUCAUGGGCGAGGUGGCGCGCGAGUACGGGCUCUACACCAAGAUCACGGGCGGGCAGCGCAUCGACAUGUUUGGCGCGCGCAAGCAGGACCUGCUGGCCAUCUGGCGGCGGCUCGUCGACGCCGGCAUGGAGAGCGGGCACGCGUACGCCAAGUCGCUGCGGACGGUCAAGAGCUGCGUCGGCACGACGUGGUGCCGCUUCGGCAUCGGCGACAGCGUCGGCAUGGCCGUCCGGCUCGAGGAGCGGUACAAGAGCAUCCGGAGCCCGCACAAGAUCAAGGGCGGCGUGAGCGGGUGCGUGCGCGAGUGCGCCGAGGCGCAGAACAAGGACUUUGGCCUCAUCGCCACGGAAAAGGGGUUCAACAUCUUCGUCGGCGGCAACGGCGGCGCAAAGCCGAGGCACUCGGAGCUCCUGGCCAAGGACGUGCCGCCCGCCGAGGUCGUGCCCAUCCUCGACCGCUACCUCAUGUUCUACAUCCGCACCGCCGACAAGCUCCAGCGCACGGCCCGCUGGCUCGAGGCCCUGCCGGGCGGCAUCGCCUACCUGCGCGACGUGGUCCUGCACGACCGCCUGGGCAUCUGCGCCUCGCUCGAGGCGCAGAUGCAGGAGCUCGUCGACUCCUUCUUCGACGAGUGGGCCGAGGCGCUCGCCGACCCGGCCAUCGCCGCCAAGUUCCGCCAGUUCGACAACACGGACGAGUCGGUCGACGCCACGGAGCUCGCGCCCGAGCGCGGGCAGCGCCGCCCCGUGCACUGGCCGCGCGACGCCGCGGCCGACGACUUUGCCGGCCUGCGCGACCGCUGGUCGUCGACGGCGUGGCAGCCCGUCAUCGAGGCGGCGCACUUCGAGGGCGCCGACGACGCGCCCAACGGCAUCUCGGCGACCAUCAAGCGCGGCGACACGCAGCUCGCCGUGUGGCGCGUCCGGGGCCGCUACUUCGCCACGCAGCAGAUGUGCCCGCACAAGCGGGCCUUUGUGCUGUCCGACGGGCUUAUCGGGCAGCAGCAAGAGGAGAAGGAGGGGGCCAGCGGGUGCGACAAGAAGGCGGCGCCGUGGGUGUCGUGCCCGUACCACAAGCGCAACUACGACCUCGGGGACGGCAGCUGCAAGACCGACUCGGCGCUGUCGAUCGCGACGUUUGACGUCGAGGAGCGCGCGGACGGCAUGGUCUACCUGAGGCUGCCGCCGGUGGAAGAGCUGGACGCCGCGCUGGGGACGAGCAGGUGGAUGGUGCGCAAGGGCGACGGGGAGGUGGGCGCGGACGGCACGAGCAACGGCGCGGGAGGACCGCCCUUCACGGAGCUCGACCGCAAGAUUGGGUUCAAGGGGCGGCGGGCCAAGAAGCCCGGCGUCAGGCCGCAUGCCGAACUCCCCAUGCGCAAGCCUGUACAGUUGGCUGUGGGUGGGGGAUGUGGCAUGGCUCCAGACUGGUGA